AUGCUGGCAUUUGCAACUCUCAUCCUGGCGGCGACGGCGACACUGGACACGGGCGGCAAGUUGCAAACAGCUUGCGCAAACAUUUCAUCCUCGUACCAAUCCUGGGUUGCUAGAGGCGGCACGGGCACCUUUGCAGGUAUUCCAGGAAGCACAGCGCAGGGGUGUCUCCGAUCGAUGCCCUUUCAUCCCCAGCUGGCGUUGCAGUUCUUGAAGGAAUAUGAAAAAUACCUCCAGUUUCACUCUACAAUUCACACACUCAAACAUGCUCCCCCGAGCUACAUGUCGGCACAUGUCGACCUCGUUGCUCACCUUGAAAAUAUCAGGCAAAAAGUAGUCAACGGGCUUUACUCGUCGCAGUUUGACUUUGACUGGGACCUGGGCAGAUCCAUAUCCAAGGCAAACGAUGGCCAUCUCACCUUGUCGCUCUGUUCCCAGCGCAUUAUGCACUUCGAGCACCCACCGCCUCUCGUCUCUCUAUCCACGGAUGGACUAGAGCUUCCCAGUAUAUUCACUUUCCAGGAUGCUAAGCUCAAGCUUGCUGGAUUUCCUGAGGUUUCGCCUCUUGUAGAAAUCAACGGCGUCGAAGCUGCUUACUUCCUGGAGGCCAAUUAUGCCAUCAAGCUUGGCUACCAGGACCCGGAUGCCCGGUAUAAUCAUCUAUUUGCGUCUCCUUCUGCCAACUUCUCUGGCAAAUACUCCGGGGGCGCGUGGACGUCAUUGCUGGGCUUGUGGCCUGGUGCUUCGAAUCGCCUAUUAUUUUCCAACGGAACGACCGUCACUGUCAAGACUACGGCGUCCUGGCCACAUUCAAAUGGCCCAAUGAACUAUCCUGAUGGCAAGUCACUGUUUGAAGCAGCGUGCGUCCCGCAUCCAGACUCCGGUUCUGCUUUUGGGUCAUAUGGAGGUACCUAUGGCAUCUCUCCGCAACUAGAGGCUCCUCCAAGCGGUGCCUCAGUAUUUCCAGAUCCAAUCGUUGGUGAGCAGCGUGACCGCGCUCGUGGUUACUAUCUAGAUGGCGCGGGCUGUGAAGAUGUUGCCGUUCUUCAGGUAUCCGACUUUCGUGUUGGUCAAAACGCCACCCGCUUUGCCUCUGUCGUGGGCCGGUUUGUGAUGCAGGCUGCGGCAGAUGGCAAGAGGAAGCUUAUUCUGGACAUGUCGGGUAAUCUUGGCGGAGAUAUUGCCGCAGGGUUCAACCUAUUCCGAGUCUUGUUCCCGGACAAGCCGAUAUACCCUGCCACUAGAUUCCGAGCGACCGAGCUCAUCGACUUCAUGGGGCGCAUCUUCUCAGAAACACACAAACAGGAAAACGUCACGCUGGAUCUCCCAUUUGUCGCGCCGCUUGCGGUGGGCAUCGACGGAACAACAAAGAUGGGCUCUUGGGGAGACGUUUACGGGCCGCACGAGAUUAUGGGGGACCAAAUGUCUAGUAUGUCCGGUGUCUUUGAUUUCAACCUCGGCUCUACCUCGAGCGAUCCCAUCAGUGGCUACGGCGACAUCCCGCUGUUUCCAGAAGUGCAGCUAUUUCCUGCCAAUAAUAUCAUCUUGAUGACGGACGGCCAGUGUGCGUCUACAUGUUCCGUUGUCGCCCAUCUGCUCAAGGAACAGGGCGUGAGAAGCAUUGUCUUUGGGGGAAGACCUCGCCACGGGCUGAUGCAGGCCGUUGGCGGCGUAAGGGGAGCUCAAUACUGGGCUUUGGAUACCAUCAGCGAGUACGUUGAGCGCGCGCGCCACCUGGCUCUCGCGGCUCUGCAGACAGAUUCUCCAAUCCUCUCGCGGGCAGAAAUGCAGAGAUUCAACGAGCUGGCGCCGCUUCCGCUACGAGACUUGCCACUCCGUCUCGACACAUACGAGCAAAGUGGCAUCAACAUCUGCAACGCGUACAGCCCAGGAGACGACUCGAUACCGCUCCAAUUCAUGUACGAGCCGGCCGACUGCCGUCUCUUCUUCACGGCGGAGAACUACAUGGACCCUGCGACGGCAUGGGCCGCGGCCGCAGCAGCCAUGUUUCUGAACGGCUCUUGUGUCGAUGCGACACCAGCCGGGCGCCAAGGUUUGAGCAUCUCUCCGGCCAAGACUAUGGCCGAAUCUGUCUCGCUUCAUUCAUCGAGGGGAGGGCUGCGUCAAAAGUUUGGCGCAGAAAGGUCCCCAAGCGGCAAGGCGCUCCCGCUCCCAAGAUGGGCUGCAUGA